AGCAUAAACUAAUUCUUUUACAGGUUGGCAAAUGAAAAAUCUUUUUCCUCAGAAUUCCUUCUAAGCUCAACAACUAUAUGAAAAUUAUCAUUACAGAGGGCAAGACUUGUAAAUAUUGACAAAAAGAAAGAAAGAAAAAAAAUUAUUUACAAGAUUUUAUGAGUUCCAGGGGGAAAUGUCAAGCUGCUUAAUUAACCUGGACUCGUUUCCUACAUACUACCUCUAAUGAUGUCUUCCAGCCUUAGCAUGGAAAUAGUGAAGGAUGUGAAAAAAGGAUGUCAAAUUUGAUAGUUACAACACAAAGAAUCACCAAUUUGUUAGUAACAUAAAUUCUCAUGUAGGAAUUUAGUGUAAGGACAAAAAAAAAAAAAAAGAAAAAGAAAAGAAGAAAGAGAAAGGGCUGACAAUUGAUAUCCCAAGACACCUCCAUUCAAGUUUAUGAAUGAUUUACUCCUCAGGGUAGCAGGACUUAAUGCAAAUGAGCGCAGAGGAAACUGUCAGCUGCAUUGUGAUCCAACCAAUAGCAGCUCCAUCUUGGCUGUGCUCUAGACUGCAUCACAAACAGACGAUACCAUCGCUUCAACAGCGUCCUCCCAGACAAGAGAUUCAAAAGAGAAUAAGAAUAUAAUCUCCUAAGAAUGGCUUCUAAUCACUGGAAUGAAACCACGACAUCUGUUUAUCAGUACCUUGGUUUUCAAGUUCAGAAAAUCUACCCAUUUCAUGAUAACUGGAACACUGCCUGUUUUGUCAUCCUGCUUUUAUUUAUAUUCACUGUGGUGUCCUUGGCGGUGCUGGCUUUCCUUUAUGAAGUGCUUGACUGCUGCUGCUGUGCCAAAAACAAAACAGUCAAGGACCUCAAGAGUGAACCUAACCCUCUGCGAAGCAUGAUGGGCAACAUUGGGAAACGAGAAACCGAAGUGGUCUAGUCAAGAGAAGACGAAUAAAACCCUCAACAGCCUUUAACAUCCUCUGAGAAAAAACUUCCUGAUUAUGAAGCUGACUCUGACUUUGAAUGGUUAAGAUUUAUAGUAAAAGUGAAAGACAAGUAUGCACUUUGUGUACAUCCCUUUCAUUAAAUAUACAGUGAAACUUCAUAAAUGU